CCCCAGUCUCGUUUCCAAUCGUAGUUUACGCUAUCCCAUAAUUUAGGCAAAGAUGGCGGAGCCCACCACAAGUGAAUCGGGCCAGUCUAGUCCGGAUACUGACCAGGAUUUUGAGCCCACAGUUGAUAUGCUUGUCCAUGAGUUUGAUGAUGAACAUACUCUAGAAGAGGAAGAAGCUCUCAGUAAUGAAAGCUGUGGAAGUGAAGUUGAUGACUUACAAAAAGAAUCUGAAAUGCCAUUAGAAGAGUUACUGGCAAUGUAUGGUUAUGGUGGAGGAGGUCCCCCAGCAGACACACGCUCCAGCAGUGAAGAAGAAAUCCUCAGUAACAGAGACCUUACAUUAGACAAGGAAGAAAUUGCCAGAGAUUUACUUAAGAACAGUGGUGAUGAUGAUGAGGAAGACACUAGUGUGGACAACCUGCUGGACAGUGUUGAAGUCCCAUCACAUACUUCAAGACUGCUAAGAUCAAGCAACUUGGAUGAAUUGGACGAUGAGUCUGAAGACGAAGAUUAUGAACCAGUGGCUGAAGAUGAUUGGAAAAAGACAAUACAGGUCGGCUCAGACUAUCAAGCCCAAAUUCCAGAGGGACUAUGCAAAUAUGGAGAUGCCCCUGCUUAUGAAAAUGAAGACAGGCUGUUAUGGGAUAACAGAAAACUUUCAGACGAGAAAGUUGAAAAAUACCUGGCUGAAAUUCAGAACCAGAAUCUUCAAGGUGCUCAGGGGGUAAAUGCUAUUCCUGAAGGUGCUCAUAUACGGGAUGAUGAACAGGCAUUAUACUUAUUACUGCAAUGUGGGCAUAAUCUGGAAGAAGCUUUAAGGAGAAGAAAAAUGCAGGCAGUACCACCUACAGAUCCAAUGAGUUUGUGGUCUGAGGAAGAAUGUAGAAAUUUUGAAAACGGUUUAAGAACAUAUGGAAAAGAUUUUUACCUAAUUCAACAAAACAAGGUGCGUACAAGGUCAGUAGGAGAACUGGUGCAGUUUUAUUAUUUAUGGAAGAAAACCGAGAGGCAUGAUGUUUUUGCCAAUAAGACAAGAUUAGAAAAGAAGAAAUACAUACUCCAUCCAGGAGUAACAGAUUAUAUGGACCGGUUUUUGGAUGAUGCUGAGAACCCCCCACAAGCUGCCAGAGACCGUGCUUCUAGUCCUGUUCAUUCUUUAUUAUGGAGAGACCCUAAAAGACAUCAUCUACAUUUACGCCACAUAGAUAAUAUGGAGUCUGGCCCCAUAUCCCCACAAAAAAUGGGAGUAGAUCUCUCUGCUGGUGCCACUGUAACUGUAAAACCAGAGCCCAGAAUGGGACACCAGAGUCUGGAAAAUACUGUACACAUUGCAGAUGUGGUAUCACCACACCACACACCAUACUUAGAAGAGGAUCAUACAGAACCAGAUGCAAAACGUGUCAAGCUUGAAUCAAAUCCAAAAGAAUCUGCCCAUGAAAACGACAAACUGAAACAAAAAUUAUCUAAUCACGUUGAAGUGGCAUUCUCGAGUGUCAACCAACCGGUGCACAAUAUAGGUGACACUGCAGUUAGUUCAAUUGAUAAAAAUGAGAAUCAUCAAGCAUCAAGGGUGACAGAGUCUUUAGCUCAGUGAACAUUCCAGACAAUAAUGUGCAAUAAUCACAAGAAAACCAAACGCAUAGUUUUAGAAAAGUUUUAAGUAUAGAACUCAGAACAGAAUGAAGAUCUCCAGUUUAUGUUCUGUAGACAGUUUUGAAAAACCUAAGAUUAGAUUAGAAUGUUACCUCAGUUAAGUGUAGUAGUUCUGGUUUUGGAAAGAAAUAAUAGCAGAAGCCAUACUUGAAGAGAAAAUGUACUUGAUCAUGCAGCAAUUUUUAAACCAGUUUAAGAGUUUAUUUAUGAACAGUACUUAAAGCAAUGUGUACAUUAUGAAUAGCCAUGGUAAGUGUAGUUUUGUCAUGUACAUGUUAAGUUCCCUUUGCUUUAAGAUAACUGAUUUAUCAGGAAUACAACUUAGUUCUGGAUUAUUAGGUCUUCCUUUUGUAUAGAUAUUGCAGUGAAACAUAUUUAAAAAAUGAUUAAUUAUGUUUGUCUCCUUCUUUCAAACUGAGUGAAGCUGCUGGAGUGUGUUCACUUCACUUAUUAAUGAAAAAUGUUUUGCCAGUUCUUUAAGAGACACCAGGCUAGUAAAGAGGUUUAAAUUUUAUAUAAUACUAGCCCACUUUUAGACCCCUAUUGCCCCAAAAGCCUCAAAGCUUUUGGACAUACUGUUAUGGAGUUUAGGAUAUUGAGUGAAAGUAGAUGUAAGUACAGUUAUUAAUUUAUCAAUUUAGCAUUAUCAUUAGUAUGAAUCUGUGUUUGAUGUAAUUUGUAUAUUCUUGCUAUAAACAAUCAAGAAUUUGUGCUGAUGGCACUUUGUAAAUUGUGAAAACAUUAUUACUGCCUUGGAGGAAAAUAGCACAAUAGUUCUGAGGUAGAUGAUGUUUUAAAUUAACACUUUUAUUAUGAUAAUUUAUUUAUUUAGUCAUUUAAUUUUGCUUGAAGAGAUUAUUAGCAAUACACUUUCAAUAUGGUAUAUUGAGAGAGAAGUGUCAAGAUAACAUGAAAGACUGAAAACUAGAUUAUUUGUUGCUUCAAGGUCUUAUGUGUGCAAGCUCUUACAAAAUUCUAUGUCUCAUAUGUAUCAGAAGCAACAUGGGUGUUGUGUUCAUCUGUUCUAUUUUUGUAAAAUACAAAUGUUACAUUUAUGUCCCAAAUAUCUCAAAUUAUGACUUGAAAAGCAAAGCUGCCCUCCAUGACAACUCACUUGCAAACAUACCCAUACAUACUGUCUCCGGCACUCCCUCUUUUUCUUUAAUUCUUUUUCUUCCUUUCUUUUUCAAGAAAAAAUCACAACUAAAUGGGCAAUUGAAUUGUUGUCAAUUAGACAGAAAAAUUAAUGAUACCUUUUCACUGCGGUAGAACCUUGGGGUUUUUUUGUUUUUUUUCAUUAUUUUGUAAUUGAAUACACAUUGUUUAUGGGAGAAAAUGAUUCAUACAUAUUGUGAAAUGAUGCCCUAGUUGAUGUAUUAGUAGUGCAUUUAUUUCCAGUGUUUUGGAAUGCACUCAUUUUGUUGGCAUUUUCCACUAAGUGGAUUGUAAAAUAAUGUACAUGUAGUAGUGAUAGCACUGAGCUGUUAUUCAAAUACUUAAAAAAAAGUCACUUCAUUGAAGUAGUAGAAUCUGUGUUUGACUAAGAAAGUGUUAUCCAAAUAGAAUGUGGCAAUUCAAGCAUUACUUUUUUUAUACAGAGGACAUUAUGUUUUAUGAUAUUGAAACAAAAUAUCUUGCAUCAUUGUAGAUAGGGAAUACUGUAUAAUAAACAUAUUUAAAUAAA